GCCUGUUCCAACUCUGGGCAAACUCUAACAGGAAAGAUCUUGCGGCUCAACGGAGAAAGCUCCCAGCAGUGUCAGACUGUCAGUGCGAGGGGGGUUCCUCGCGAGACAAUCUCAGAACCGAGCAGCAAGAGAGGGCUCCCAAGGCUGCAACUUGAGGGAUGACCCCAUCAGGUAGAAAGGAUGACACCAUUCUUUUUGAAUUCCGGGCCAGUCCAGAUGCCACCAUCGUGCCGGUGCUUGUGAAGAAGACAUUUGUCCAUGUGGAAGAGAUCCCUGCUACAGAGCAACGUACAGGCCGCAGCCGCAGUCUCUCAGCACCGCCAACGAUCAAGUCAGGUCCGAAUGCUGACCAAAUUUCUGAUGAUGUGUCGAAUGCACAGGCUUGGUCAGAUAAUUCCUCAAUGUGCCCGGUCUGGAUCAGUUCCCCAAGCUCCGGACGUGAAGGCGACGACAGAAUACAGGUAAGUCCAGAAAUGGAAAGGUUGCACCGAGAGGGCAGCUGUUUGCCAUGUAUUUUCUUCAUGAAGAAAGCAGAGUUGUGUCGAUUGGGAGGAGCAUGCACUCACUGUCACCUUUGCACAUAUGCAGAGGGUCGCAGAAGACGCAACCGUAUCUCGUAUGUCAAGCGAAGGGAAAACAGAGCUGCCCAGCGCCAGUUGACCCAGUAUGUGGGCAAGUGAGCGUUCGGACCAACUGUGAUCUUAAGCCUUGUGGCACGCUUGGGGCACGCCGGGCACGCUUUAUCAUGAGUUUCAAGCUUUAUACUUCUGGCGUUUGUCGCUAGAACCUUUAUAGCGGAGCAGAGAGCCUCCGCCACUUUAUGAAGCAAAUGCAAUACAUUGACUUUAGCCUGCUUGGAGAUUUGUGCUUGUAGUGUUCUCUAGUCGGGAUAGGUGAAUGCUUUUUGGCGAGUCUUUCUCAAGCAGGAACAGGGGGCUUCUUUGACAAGGUCCAUCGAGGUCCUACCAGUUUGUAGAGUGCAAGACUCAAAAGCUCCAUUUAGGAGAGGUGAAGUCUUCUGAUGUUUUGAGUGUUUCAAUCUCCUCGCUUUGAGUACUGGGCAUUGUUCAAGCCUAUGCUCAUUGCAGAAUCGGAGGCUGAGCUUACUUGAGCAGUCCAAUGCUGUACAUUUUGGAUCAGGUACACCAGGUGCACGAACCCUGCAGAAUCACAGAGCGCCAGACCAGUUGCCGGACCAAUAGAUCGUCUCUGCUCUGACAAUUGCACGUUUCGCACGGCCGCUGCGGAGUCUCUGUGUGCAAGGAAUUUGGUGACUUGCGACACAAAAGCCCUGCAGAAGCCGUGCGUCCCGAGAGAUGUAUGCUGUUCUUGCGUGAAAAGCUUGGGUAAAAA